AUGGUCUUUGGCACUCAACGACCACCAAUCGACGACUCUAAGGAAAUGGCACCACCUACUCAUACGAAUUUGAUGCGUGAUUUACUACGAGCGAUACAAGAGUUGAGCAGGCAAAAUCAAGCACCUCCACCACAAAAUGCACCGCUACAGCAGAAUGCACUGCAUUUUGCCCCUAGAGCUGUCUCAGUGGUUGAGCAGUUUCGUAGGUACAAGCCUUCCACUUUCGACGGUAAUUUUGAACCACUGGUCGUUGAAGAGUGGAUAAGAGGUCUGAAGCGCAUAUUUCGACACAUUGCUUGUACGGAUGCACAGAAAGUGUUAUGUGCGGAAUUUAUGUUGAUUGGAGCAGCUGGUCACUGGUGGGAAUCUGUUUCACGUACAAGGACGGAAGAGCAGCAACGUAAUCUGACUUGGGAGCAGUUAGAAGACGAAGUGAUGGCAAAAUAUUUCCCACAGGCUUUGAGGGACUUCAAGGAAUCAGAAUUUCUGCAACUCAGACAGGGAAACAUGUUACUUACUGAUUACGAGAGGCAAUUUGAGCAGCUCUCAAGAUAUGCCGCGCACUUGGUGGAUGCUGAAGUUAAGAAGAUUAGGAGGUUCGAGAAUGGACCGCGACCAGAGAUUGGCAUGAUCAUUAUGUCCCAUUUCACUUCAUAUCGUGAAAUGUUGGAGAGGGCUCAUGCUAUUUCAUAUCAAAGGACUACAUUUGAACAAUAUGCCCAGCAAAGCAAGGAAUCGUUGGGGAAAAGAAAGUGGAGUGAUCAGAGUAAGAACAAACGUAUCUGGCAGAAUAAAAGAGCAAACACAGGAGUUCGUAUCGGUGGGACGAGUGAAAGUGUUACAUCUUGUCCUAAGUGUAAUAAAUUUCAUCGAGGUGAAUGCUUUUUUGGAAAGAACAUGUGUUUUCGGUGCGGUAAGCCGGGACAUAUUGCUUUACACUGUACAGAGCCUCCACGAAAGAAAGAUGAUGACCAAGAUAAGAACCCAAAAAGAAAGGCUCGAGUUUUCGCACUGAAUGAGCAUGAGGGGCAGCAGGAUCCGAAUGUGAUAGCAAAUAUUUAUUAA